GCUCUCUUGCAUCGCCAAAUUCCAACACAAAUUUAAGGCAUCAUCACCAAGUUUAUAUAAAAAAAAAAAACGUCAAACCAUCUGUUUUACAUGACUUUAAUUACUUCAAAACAUAAUUAUCAUAAUAAACAAUACAAUAAUAAUAAUUGUUAAAUAAAUUAGUAAAAAAGAAUAUAUAAAUUAUUAGAAAAAAUAUUAGGAAAAAAAAAAAAAUUUUAAUUGUUUCUGGGCGAUGUAUUGAUGAACCUAACCUCAAUUUUAUCAAAUAUCAAAACUGUUAAAAAGGAACAAGCAGGUCGUUACGGGACACAGUUUAUCACGGAUCAACUUGGUUCAUUUAAUUUGUCGAGUAAUCAUCAGUACAGUUAUUCGAAUUUAGUGGAAAGUACAGCUGAAACAAGUCAAGGAUAUUUACCUCCUGGUGAUAUAGAGUCACGAGAAGAAGAAACAUCAACAUCAACAUCACGAGGAGGAGGGAUGCCUCGCAGUAAGCGGAGAGCGCCCUCCAAUACAAAUAAUUAUCUUGCGUCAAGUGAAAUGUCACCAAGUGCACAUGAGGAUGGCAUGCCAAGGCAUCCUUCAAAAAGGCUCAGACACACAACAAGCUCAAGACGAUACACUAAAAAUGAAGAUAUUCCAAGUGUAUCAGCAUAUUCACAAAAAAGAUGUAUUGCAUGGUUUAGACAGUAUACAACAUCAGAUGAUCCAGACACACUUGGUCCAGAAGGAAUGGAAAAAUUUUGUGAAGACAUUGCUGUACAACCAGAAAAUGUUGUUAUGCUUGUACUUGCAUAUAAAAUGAAUGCACGUCAAAUGGGUUUUUUUACAUUGGCUGAAUGGUUAAAGGGACUUUCAGAUCUUAGUUGUGAUACUAUUAGUAAAACUCAACAAAAACUUGAGUAUCUUAAAAGUUUACUCAAUGAACCACAUACAUUUAAAGGAAUUUAUAGAUAUGCAUAUGAUUUUGCAAGGGAUAAAGAUCAACGAAGCAUGGACAUGGAAACAGCUCGAGUAAUGCUACAUUUAUUGUUAGGAAAACAUUGGCCUUUAUUUUCACAAUUUGCACAAUUUUUAGAUCAAUCAAAGUACAAAGUUAUAAACAAAGAUCAAUGGUGCAACAUAUUAGAAUUUUCACGUACAAUUAAUCAUGAUUUAUCAAAUUAUGAUUUAGAUGGCGCAUGGCCAGUUAUGCUUGAUGAAUUUGUUGAAUGGUUGAAGGGUCAACGUGGUGAGGCAAUGACCUCAACGGAUAUACGAUACAGCUGAAAUAUCACAUCAAAAUUAUAAUUAUUUAAUGAUGAAAAAUUUUCGCCUAACUCUAUAAUUUUCAUCGAAACUUAAAAAUUCAUUAUUCGCUUAAAUUAGUUGUCUCUCAUUUUUUUUUUUUUUUUUAUUUACUGCCUCGUUUAAAAAUAUUUUAUACGUAGCUUCUGCAUGUUCAAACAACCAAAUGAUAACUCAAAGAAAAAUUUUUGAGUAAAUAAAAAAAAAAAAAAAAAAUUAAAAUGCAAAAAAUGUCUGAUAAAAUUUCGUAGACAAAUGAUAUAAAAAUUUUUUUUUUUCUUUUUUUUUUAAACGUACUUGUUAUUUAGAUUAAAUAAAUAAAUGUCACCGUAUAUUUAUCUGUGAUGAUUGUGCUUAGAAAAACAAUAUUUCGAUGGAAAAAAAAAACAAAGAAAUUUGAUAAAUAUUUUAAUUUAUUUCGUGCAACAGUAGUUACACCCAGUAAAAUGCAAUAAUUGAUUCAAUCAAUAUUAGAAAAUCGUCCAUCAGCAUGUCUUAGAUAAUUGAAAAAAAAAAAAAAAAACUCAUUCAAUUUAAAAAUAAAAA